UCUCUUGCGCUCACGCUCACUUUAGUUUCUUCAGCCGCUAGGGAAAGGGGGGGAAGGGAAACAAGGGAGAGCGGGAAUAGCCAUUAGUCCGUCAAUGGAGGGCAGGAGCAGCAGCUCCAUUUCCCUUCUCCCGCCGCACAUCCCGACGAACGAGCGUUUUUUCUCCACCCUGCUUUCGCCGGAACAAUGGCGGAGGGCAGGCGGUUGGAUAGGCGGAGCCCAGGCUGCCUCGAGGGCUUGUUCAAUUUGCUUGCCCUCAACCAAAAAUUGCAAACGCCAAAACUGAUUACCUAUCAAAAGCAUGGAGAAGGAAAUGACAACACACUCAGAGUAAAAAUUCCGAAACCCAUAAACGGCAUAGAAAAAGAAGAGACUGUUCAGAAGGAGACUAACAGCGUUUCUCCAACGGCAAAGGCCAACAUGUUUACAUGGAAGACACUCAUGUUCAGGAAGAAAACACACAAGAAAGAUCAAAAGAAGAUUGAAUCACAUUCCAAUCCGCGUGUCAGCUCCCCAUCGUCAUCACGUUUGAUGCGCUCCAGCUCGAUCCAUCAUUCAAAAUGCUUUGAAUAUGUGGUUCCUGAUGAGUUGGCUUUGGAGUAUCAGCGAAUGAAUGAAUCGAGCUCCAAUGAGACAGGCUCUAGUGACGGUGCAGCGCAGUCAUCACAUCAGAGCCCUAGAGGUCCCAUUUUACAGGAGUCGCGCAAGGCUUCCGGUAGCAUUAGCGGCAAACAUAGCUCGAUUGAAGAAGCACCCUGUGAGACUAUACCUGAGAACCUUACUAGUGAGAAUGAGGUCUCUAGGCAGAAAAGCCGUGAUGAUUCAACACAUCACUCGAAGGAGUUCUUGGAUUUCCUUGAAUUGUUCAAUGCACACAGGGAACUGUUUCUCAAGAUUCUUCAUGAUCCUUCCUUGUUAGUACCACCUGAACAGCAAGAGCAAGAAGCUUCCUCUAGCGGUGCAGUACCGCUGAGCAAAUUAGAAUCGUUCCCAAGACCAGGAGGAUCAUCAGGGAAGCGUAACCCUAUAUUUGAUCGGAGCGACAGUGAGAAAAGCAGAAGGGCAGAAAUCCAAAGGUCACCGUCAAGGCCUAAAUCUGACCUUGAAGGCGCAAAAGUCAUCAGCACAAGAAUGCCUUCUGGUGUCGAGGCAUCAACAGUUUCUCUUGCAGAAUCAAGAAGCCUAAAGAAAGCUGGAACCACUUCAAAUCGGUUUAAAGCUAUAAGUAAGAAGAUCAAACAUGUCGUAAAGGAGAACCGGAAAGAGCUUGCUAGAAUUACGAAGGACGGAGUUUUUCAUAAAAUGCCUUAUGGCCAAAAAAUGGCUGAGUUAACCAAGAGCUCCUCCACGAAGAAAUUUACCCAGGAGGAGAAACAAAUACGAAGAUCAUAUUCCAUUGCAGAAUCAGUAGACAAGUACUCGACUCUCUAUGAUUCAAUAUCAAGGGAGUCAAGGAUUUCCUUCGAAAGACCAAGUACAGCAAUGGAAGACGAUGCAGGCUUAAGAGACAAGUCGAUGAUGCCCAUCAAAAGAAUAACUUCUCUUCCAGAAAUGCAAUUAUAUGCUCCUCAAAAAGAUGCUCUAACUGAAUUUCCUGGUUCUCAGAUUGUUCCCAAGACGUAUGAUGUGGAAUCUGAUCGGUUUUCUUCACGUCAAAAUGAUUCCUUCAGUAUUGUCACAGAAGGGAACUUGUACCCUGAUUAUAUCACAGAAAGAACAGCAGAUAUGUACAGUGAACAAAAUGACGAAGAAGGUGCUUUCCUUGGUUCCCUGGAAGAAGAUUUACGUAGCAUUCUCCGAACUCCCAGUUCGUCUUCUUUUGGCCAGUCUUUCUCCCAUCGACGCAUCAAUAGUUUACCUUCUUUUGACCGGACAUUUUUUCAAGAUCACAACCGCAGUUUUACGGAGCAUUCUGUAGCAGAUUCUGAACCGACAUUUGAAGAUAUGCAACUCGAGGAUGAUGAGUGGUUGGUCAAGCCAUCACAGGCUUCUGGGGAAUCUGCUGCCAAUUUCAAGAACGAGCAGUGGCUAAUUAGACCACUGCAACCCUCAGGCAUCGAUGCUACUGAUCAUGAGGAUGAAGAGUGGGUUGUCGAGACACCACGGCUGCUAGGUGCCAAUGCUGCCGAGGAUGAAGAGUGGCUGGUGAAGCCGGCACAGCCCUUGGGUGCCGAUGAUUCGAAUUCAGAGUUCCAGUUUAUACAUGAAUUCACCGAACAAAAUGAUGCAGGUUCCUUGCACAUUUAUGUCAAUGACAAGAAUGAGGCCGAUUUCCAGUAUGUGAAGGAUAUACUCAAGAAAUCCGGGUUCAGCUGUGGCGAGGCCGAUUGGUAUGCAUCCAACCAGCCAGUCAGUCCUGUGAUCUUCGAGGAGGCAGAAUGCUCUUGUCAGGAUCUUGAGAUGACGAGCGACGAGCCCCACAGCAUCGUCAGGCGCAUGCUCCUGUUUGAUAUCAUCAACGAGGUCCUGAUGCACAUCUACGACUCCUCCCUCGUCAAUGGUCCGUGGCAUUCGCGCUUCGACCCAUGGACCAGGCCGAUACCCAUGGGGUCCCACGUCCUUGAGGAGGUGUGGGCAAACGUUAGCUGCUACCUGAGCCUUCAGUGGAAACCCAACAAGACGGUGGACGACAUUGUGGCGUAUGAUGUUAUGAGGAAGGACAGCUGGAUGAACCUGUUGUACGACGCGGAGUGUGUCGCGCUGGACCUGGAGGAUCUUAUGGUGGAGGACCUUCUGGAUGAUGUUGUUCUUCAGAUAGUAUUAAUAUCUAUCGACGAAUGACUUCUAAAAGCUAAUUGUCCCUGAACACUUAGCAAUGCAUAGAUGUUUCUAGAUACAGAAAUCAGAAUAGAUAGAUAGCAGAUGCCUGAAUAGGAUAUUUGAAACACAGGUCUUAAUUAGUAUGUGCUUGGUCUAUACUUGUACUGUAUGCAUUUUAAUUGUAAUCAAACUACCAGGGAGCUCGUUGUAGUUCAUAUUGGUUGGUAUA